GCUGCAGCAGGCGACUAUUUUCACCCUUUUCUGUCCAAAGAGAACUUUAAACUUAAUAUCGUGCUUUAAACUGUUACUGAAACCAGUCGGUGUACGGAUGAAGGUUUACAUUACGAGGCGCAUCCCGCCGGAGGGGAUGGAGGUCCUGUCCGCGGCAGGAGUCUGUGAGGUGUCUCAGUGGGACUCGGAUGAGCCUGUUCCCAGGACGGAGCUUCUCAAAGGGGUUCAGGGAGCUCAUGGUCUUCUGUGUUUGCUGUCUGACAAGGUGGAUGCUGAGGUUCUAGAUGCUGCAGGUCCAAACCUGAAAGUAAUCAGCACUUUGUCUGUGGGAUUCGACCACCUGGCUCUGGAUGAGAUCAAGAAACGGGGGAUACGUGUUGGAUACACUCCAGACGUCCUGACUGAUGCCACUGCAGAGCUGACCGUGGCUCUGCUGCUCGCCACCGCCCGCAGAUUACCGGAGGGUGUGGAAGAGGUCAAAAGCGGUGGCUGGAGCUCGUGGAAGCCUCUCUGGCUGUGUGGUUAUGGUCUGUCGGGCAGCACUGUAGGAGUCAUUGGACUGGGACGCAUUGGUAUGGCCAUAGCUCAGAGGCUCAUGCCGUUUGGAGUGAAAAGGCUGCUGUAUUCUGGGAGAUCAGCCAAACCCCACGCUGCUGAAGUGAACGGAGAGUUUGUUCCCCUGGAUACGCUUGUGUUCGAGAGUGACUUUAUAGUUGUUUCCUGCUCACUGACACCAGAAACCCAGGGCCUGUGUAACAAAGCUUUUUUCAGCAAGAUGAAAAAGACAGCAGUCUUCGUCAACACGAGCAGAGGAGCUGUGGUGAACCAGGAGGAUCUGUAUGAGGCUUUGGCUGGUGGACAGAUCGCUGCAGCCGGACUGGAUGUCACGACGCCCGAGCCUCUUCCAACAAACCACCCACUUCUUACACUGAAAAACUGCGUGAUAUUACCACACAUCGGCAGUGCCACUUAUUCCACAAGAGGCGUCAUGUCGGCUUUGGCAGCCAGAAACCUGCUGGGAGGCUUGCAGGACUCAGAAAUUACCAGCGAACUCGUCUUUUGAAAGAAACUGGUGAUUCUGUUCCCACUGGUGCUGCACGGAGGAUGGAAAACAGUACAGCGUAACAAGAGAAGUAGAAAAUAAAACAAAGUACUAAAGUAGUGCACACAUGUACUGGAACUAAUUUGGGUAACAUAAAAAGUUAAUUUGAUUUUUACAUUUAAUGCUGUGUUAUAUUUUUAAUCACGAAAGAGCAGUUUGAGGAAGGAAACGACAUUUUUCUGUCAUUUCGUGGGUUUAGCUUCUUUAAAAAGUGGCUAAUGAACAGAGAAGCAGCACUUUUGAUCACAUUUCAGUCUUUGUAGGAAAA